AAGGGAUUUUUUUUUUUUCUUUUGGUCUUCUUUUCUCCCCUUCCCUGUUUAUCCUGAAAAGGAUUUGAAGACAGCUUGAAGGAUAAAAAGCCCUGGUGCUUCCCACGAGCCGAAGCGAGGAGCAGCCGAGGAAGAGCCGGGGGCUGCCGCAGCCUUUUGGAAAUGGACGAGCAGCCCAGGCUGAUGCAUUCCCACGCUGGGGUCGGGAUGGCCGGGCACCCGGGCCUGUCCCAGCACUUGCAGGACGGGGCCGGAGGGACCGAGGGGGAGGGCGGGAGGAAGCAGGACAUUGGAGACAUUUUACAACAGAUCAUGACCAUCACAGACCAGAGUUUGGAUGAAGCGCAGGCCAGAAAACAUGCUUUAAACUGCCACAGAAUGAAGCCCGCCUUGUUUAAUGUGUUGUGUGAAAUCAAAGAGAAAACAGUGUUGAGUAUCCGCGGAGCCCAGGAAGAGGAGCCCACGGACCCACAGCUGAUGCGACUGGACAACAUGCUGUUGGCAGAAGGCGUGGCCGGGCCCGAGAAAGGCGGUGGGUCAGCAGCCGCAGCCGCUGCUGCAGCAGCCUCGGGUGGGGCAGGUUCCGACAACUCCGUGGAGCAUUCCGACUACAGAGCCAAACUCUCACAGAUCAGACAAAUCUACCACACAGAGCUGGAGAAAUACGAACAGGCAUGCAACGAGUUCACCACCCAUGUGAUGAAUCUCCUGCGAGAACAGAGCCGGACCAGGCCCAUCUCUCCCAAGGAGAUCGAGCGCAUGGUGAGCAUCAUCCACCGCAAGUUCAGCUCCAUCCAGAUGCAGCUCAAGCAGAGCACAUGCGAGGCCGUCAUGAUCCUGCGCUCCCGGUUUCUGGACGCACGGCGGAAGAGACGGAAUUUCAACAAGCAGGCAACAGAAAUCCUGAAUGAAUAUUUCUAUUCCCAUCUCAGCAACCCUUACCCCAGUGAGGAAGCCAAAGAGGAGUUAGCCAAGAAGUGUGGCAUCACAGUCUCCCAGGUAUCAAACUGGUUUGGAAAUAAGCGAAUCCGGUACAAGAAGAACAUAGGUAAAUUUCAAGAGGAAGCCAAUAUUUAUGCUGCCAAAACAGCUGUCACUGCCACCAACGUGUCAGCCCAUGGAAGCCAAGCUAACUCACCCUCCACGCCCAACUCAGCUGGUUCUUCCAGUUCUUUUAACAUGUCAAACUCUGGAGAUUUGUUCAUGAGCGUGCAGUCACUCAAUGGGGAUUCUUACCAAGGGGCCCAGGUUGGAGCCAACGUGCAAUCACAGGUGGAUACCCUUCGCCAUGUUAUCAGCCAGACAGGAGGAUACAGUGACGGACUCGCAGCCAGUCAGAUGUACAGUCCGCAGGGCAUCAGUGCUAAUGGAGGUUGGCAGGAUGCUACUACCCCUUCAUCAGUGACCUCCCCUACAGAAGGCCCUGGCAGUGUUCACUCUGAUACCUCCAACUGAUCUCCCAGCAAUCGCAUCCCGGCUGACCCUGGGCCCCAGUUGGGGCAGGGGCAGGAGGGAGGGUUUCUCUCCCAACGCUGAAGCGGUCAGACUGGAGGUCGAAGCAAUCAGCAAACACACUAAGAGUCUCCUUCUCUUCUCUUCUUUGGGAUGCUAUUUCAGCCAAUCUGGACACUUCUUUAUAUACACUCUUCCCUUUUUUUUUUCCUUUUUUUUUCUUUUCUUUUUUUUUUUCUUUUUUUUUUUCUGGGUAGAAGCCACCCUUCCCUGCCUCCAGCUGUCAGCCUGGUUUCUGUCAUCCUCACUGUCCCUUUUCCUCUAUCCUAGAUGCCCGGGGUCUCUGUCCUCUAUGAUGUCCCUGAAGGAUAUUUUUCAACAAUUAGAGGAAUUUAAAGAGAAAAACACAAAAGACUACAAAGAAAAUAAUAAAAGCAUUUGUAUGUUUUCAUGCUGGUGGUUUGAGGAACCAAAUGUCCCUCUCUCAGAUUGCUCCUACCCCAUGUUGCCAGGCAAUCCUUCUCUGUGUCUUGUUACUCUCACUACCUCUCAGCAGGAAUACGCCACAUUGCCCUGCUCCUUCUCGGCCUCCCUGCCUCCUCUUGCUCCCCAGGGACAGUACUGAUGGGAACACUCUGCCCCUCUUCUUUGCUAACCGAGGUGGGCACUGGGGACUGCUGUGGUUUCUAGAAGUGCCACUCAUCCCAGUGUCAGCCCUCCUCAAUUGAUUCCAGGGAGUCAGGCCCAAGGGCCAAGAAUGGCAGGAUUCUUACAGGCCUCCUCAUCCUCCUCACAGUAGCCCUUGAAAAGGCGCCAUCUUCACAGUCCUUUCAACCCUUAGGGAAGCAAGGUUUGGAACCCAUUGCUAAGCCAGGUCUGACUUGGGCACUGCAAUGAUUGCCUCGCUAAGGAGGCCUCUUCUCUGAGACACUUCUUCUCCUGUCCCUCCACAUGCAUGGGGAUACACACACUCUUCUGCACUCUCACCUUCCCAAGAUGUCAUAUGCAAAUGCCUGUCUGAGUAAUCACUGCACUACACCUUGUAAGACCCAGAGAGGGUGUUAACAGCUCUUGAGCGAUGCUCACUGACGCAGGGAAGCAGCAUGUACCGGAGGUUUCUCAGGCCCAGCAGCAUUUGCCAGGGUGGCAGAUAUGGGACUUGACAGCCAAGAAGCUCAAGUUUCCAGUGCUAAAAUUUCUCCCUUCCUCCAAUUCUGGAGCCUUCAGGGUGCCACUCGUAGUACUUAUAUGUCCACAAUGAAUUUGAUUUUUUUUUUUUUUUUUUUAAUUUUAGUUUUUGUAUUGGAAAAAUGGUGUUACUUAUCAGAAAGCUACAGGGCAUGGUGUUCCUGAAGUAGUAAUAAAAGAACAAGGUUCAAAUAAACUUUUUGCUGUUUUGUCUGAGGACCCGAGACUCUAGGAGAAGGCAGUGUUUUCAUUGAAACCAACGCAGUGGUGUUGCCUCACUGGGAGCAUCUUGGGUGAGGACAGCAGGUACUAGAAAGCCAUUGCUGACUGUCUUCCAAAUUUAAAUUCUACACAGCCAGCUCCACCAGUAGUAAAGGUGGCAGGCCUGUCAUGUGAUUAAAUGGUUGGUUCUCACAUCUCUUGGUAUGUCAUUUUUCCCCCCAUCUGUAGAGAUUGCUAUGUCUGGCUCACCAAGAGGUUUGUGAGAGAUUAAAGAACUUGAUUUCAGUCAUAUCCAACCUGCAAGUGGGAAGUCGGGGGAAAAAAAUUUUCCUAAGGUAAACAACUUCAUGCCAGAGAGAGACAAUAAAUUAUUUUCUAUUAGAACCUCUGGUUACCAUGAAUGCCCUGAUCUCAUCACCAUGAUGAGAAAGAGUAGUGUGGUUGAUUUUUCUUUGAUUGUUUUGGUCUGUUUGGUCUUUUAGCAUGGAGGAAAGCAUCAAAAUAGAAAGAUAAGACGUGGUUACCUUCGCUUUUACUAGAAUUUAAAUGUGUGGCCCUCUAAGUACUCUAUCCCCUGUCACAAUCACUCUGAGAGGCUCCCAGGGAAAGUCACAAGACCCUGAGGGGUGAGGAUGACCAUUUUAGAAAGUUCUGGAAAUUCUUCAGGGCACUAGAGUAAUGAAUAGAGAAUACUCUUCUGUGUGUACCUGGUCUUUGGUUAGAGAUACCUGAGACUCUCAAACACAUGUGUUUUAGAAAAAAAAAUACCAAAAUAAAUACUUAGCAAAAGAAAGUUAUGCUUUGAUGACUCAGAGCCAUAGAGCACCUGUGUCUGCUCAGCUGUGUCAUAAUCAGAAUGGGACUAGAUACAAUGGGUGCUUAGAAGAAGCUUCAGUGGAGAACUUGAGUGCCUAGAAGGAGCAGAAUUACAAUGGAGUGACUCACAUAGGAACAGGACUGGAGCCCAUUCAGUUGAGCCAAGGCUUAGCAGGAAAGAAAUGAGAGCAAAGCAGAGCAGAGGAGCAGGGGGCUGGGAGUAGAUGGUACAGGAAACAAGUAGGAUGACUCCAGGUUUGAAUUCAAUGGUUGCAUGUUGAGUUCAUGGAAAGGCGGUGCCGCAUUUGCUCAGGCAGUUUUUCUCCCAGCAGUAGUGUUCACUAAUGAUCACCCCUCACUCCUCUACCCCCACUGAGCACUUCACUCCUUCUUCUUGAGAGCCUGUUCCUUCCCACAGCCUUCCCUCUACGCUGUCACUUCCAACAUGGCAGUCCCAGCAGGCCUCAGUACUAAGCCAAACAGCCGAAGAGUGGGGAUGGAAAGAGGCUGCCUCUAAGAAGUCCCGCGAGACCACUCCUAUUGAUAACUGCCUGUGCCCUUGGGACUCCUCCAUUUUCUAAUAAAGUGGGAGUGCUCCAUUUUCCCUGACAGCAAAUGUCCCCUGGGAUGCAACGCUAGACCCUGGGUUUGCCCACCUUGUAAUUCUUCAUUAUUUCCCGCUUUCCACCCCUAACUCCUCCUCCAUUGUGGGAGUUGAUUCCCUUACAGUUCUUUUGCCAAGUGACACCUUCUUUCAAUUUAUUAUUUUUGUUUUAUUUAGCUGUGGUGGUUGCUCUUUAUUUGCUGAUAGCUUUCUCUCAUGGAUAUUUUUUUUCCCUCUUUCCUUCUGCUUUUGUUUUUUUCUGCCCAGAAAAACCUGACUUCGAUACCAAAAAAAGAUAAAACUACAGAAACUCAAAUUUAAAAAAAAAAAACUUAAAAAAACAAAAAAAUACUCAAUGAUUCUUUCAGCUUUAUUAACAUUUUCCAUUGUUUCUUGCGACUUGUGUCUCGUUCUUUGUAGUAUUGAUGAUGAACAUUUGAUAAUGAAUGUUCUUGUAUAUUCAGAUGAAGAAAAAAACCAAAAAAGCGGUCUGAAUUUAAUAGUGUUUAUAAUAAAAAAAAUUUUAAAAAUGACCCUCAUAGCACGCAAAACAGGAUGGGGAGUUUGCCCUACUCUCUGUGACAAUGCGCAUCAUUCCUGCAUUAGUUUUGAACGCCAGACUACCUACAUUCAUCAUUUCAACAUUUUUCUUUUAUUUUCUUGCAUUUGUGAAUUAGUUCAAGAAUGCUAGAAAAGUGUCGAGUUGUGCACAUCCAUUUCUUGUUUCACAAUGUUUAAAAGUGACAGUAAUUCAUUUUGUAAACUAAAAAAAAAAAAAAGGUUGGAAUAGUGAGCUUAAUAGGUACAACCUAACACGUUAUUAUGUUUAUUAACUUUGAGACCCAGAAACAAAUUCUUUUCUUUUCUUUAUUCCUGUUCUUAAAAACACACAAAAAAUUAUAUAUGUGUUUUUGUUUUGUGUUAUUUUUGGUUUGCUUAUGGGGGGGAUUUUUUAAUUGUCAGGAUUAUGAUCUUGCUGUUUUUAUUCCUUAAAUAUGUAUAUGAGGUGAUGUGAAAAGAUGACGCUAGUAGAAUAGGCCAUUUCCUUGUUCCCUGCUUUGCUUCAGAAUUCAGUUGCCGUGAGAAACAGAGAAGGCCCUUGUUGGUGUUUCAAUGCCAACUUGCAUUUCCAGAGCAUGUAGUUCUCUUGCACUCCCUGAGAAAAACAGAAUCUGGGUUUGCUUCUCCUGUGGCUCUUAAAAAAUGUCAAAGAAUCGGUCCAGACGAUUCCUGUAGGAGAAGCCAUUAGCCUGUAUUUGAUCCUAGACACCACAGUUAGGUGCUUUCUUUUCUUUCUCCCUGAUUAAUAACAACAUUCCACACAGCCUUUUCCGAGGAGAAAGGAUUCUUCUUCCAGACAAAUCCCACAAGUGGGACUGUUAUGAUGGGUACCAUCGACUAAGUAGAAUAGGUGCAGGACACAGACGCAGAACCAAGCUGUCUGGUGAGCCAUUGCGUCAUCUUGGAUGGAGAAUGGGUG